AUGGCUUUCACUUCUACUCUCUCUCUCUACUCGCACCCGCAGGUUCGCCUCCGCAACCAGCGGCUGCAAUCGUUGGCCUUAACCACCGCCGGCGUCGCUCAAUUUGCGCCGCUUCCGUCUCUCAACUGCCGGAAAAAGCGUUCUCCGGGAGCGCGAUUCGGAAGCUUCGUGGUUAGGGCUUCUUCGAGCGUCGAAGGAACUCGCUCACGCGCCGCCGGUUCUCGCAGAGUCUAUCGCCAGUCUCAGGCCAACGCGCCGCUGUCCAGUGCUCCUGUGAAACAGAUUGCCAACGCUGUUGGCCCCUUCGCUGUGUUGGUCGCCCUCACUUUUGUUAUCUGGAAAUUAGUGGAGAGGCUUCUUGUUCCAGCUCCAAAACAAUUGAAAUCUUCCACCGUGGAAAGUCAACCCCCUUCACAAGGACUGAAAUGGUCUUUUGCUGCUGGUACAAAUUUGUUAUCCCAGCUUGGGGCAAAGAUUGAGAGACAGUCUAAACAGAAGCUCAAUGAGUUUGCUCGGGAACUGAGGUCAUUUCCUAUUAUUGAUAUGUCAGGGCGCAACUUUGGAGAUGAAGGAUUAUUCUUCCUUGCUGAGAGCUUAGCAUUUAACCAGACUGCAGAGGAAGUGAGUUUUGCUGCAAAUGGAAUAACAGCGGCUGGGUUGAGGGCUUUUGAUGGUGUUCUCCAAUCAAACAUCACAUUGAAGACUCUUGAUCUUUCAGGAAACCUUGUUGGAGAUGAAGGUGCCAAGUGCUUAUGUGACAUACUGGUGAAUAACUCUAGUAUUGAGAAGCUCCAGUUGAACAGUGCUGACUUGGGUGAUGAGGGUGCGAAAGCUAUUGCUGAAAUGUUGAAGAAAAAUUCAAGUUUGCGGGUUCUUGAAUUGAACAAUAACAUGAUUGAAUAUUCUGGAUUUUCAAGUCUUGCUGGAGCACUUCUUGAGAAUAACAGUAUACGAACUAUACAUCUCAAUGGCAAUUAUGGUGGUGCUUUGGGGGCUAAUGCAUUGGCUAAAGCACUUGAGAGCAACAAGUCGUUAAGGGAACUUCAUUUGCAUGGAAAUUCUAUUGGAGAUGAAGGAAUCCGUUCUUUGGUGGCAGGAUUAUGUUCACAUAAAGGGAAACUUACACUUCUAGACAUUGGCAACAACUCAUUAACAGCUAAAGGUGCAUUCCAUGUUGCUGAGUAUGUUAGGAAGAGCAGAAGCCUGUUAUGGUUGAAUCUUUACAUGAAUGACAUUGGUGAUGAGGGAGCCGAAAAAAUUGCAGCUGCUUUAAAGGAAAAUCGAUCGAUAACAACAUUAGAUCUGGGGGGAAAUAACAUUCAUGCUGCUGGUGUUAAUGCCGUUGCUCAAGUAUUGAAAGAUAAUUUAGUUAUUACCACUUUGGAACUUAGUUAUAAUCCCAUUGGACCAGAUGGAGCCAAGGCCUUGGCUGAAGUUCUCAAGUUUCAUGGGAACAUAACAACCCUUAAGCUUGGAUGGUGCCAGAUAGGUGCAAAAGGGGCAGAGUUCAUUGCAGAUGCUUUAAAAUACAAUACCACAAUAUCAAUUUUGGACUUGCGAGCAAACGGACUAAGAGAUGAAGGUGCACAGUGCCUGGCUCGCAGCUUGAAAGUGGUUAAUGAAGCUUUAACCUCUCUAGAUUUAGGAUUUAAUGAAAUAAGGGAUGAUGGAGCUUUUGCUAUUGCUCAAGCACUCAAGUCUAAUGAUGAUGUAGCUGUCACAUCCCUAAACAUUGCAAGUAACUUCCUCACAAAAUUUGGGCAGGGUGCCUUGGCUGAUGCAAGAGACCAUGUUUUGGAGAUGACGGAAAAGGAAAUCAACAUCUUCCUCUAG